AUAUGGAAAUAAUUAGCAAAGAUAUAAAAGUAUGUGUAACUGGAGGAUCUGGAUACCUGGGAUCUUGUCUCAUCAAGAAGUUGUUACACAGAGGUUAUACUGUCCAUGCAACUUUGAGAAACUUGGGCGAAAACUCGAAAACGGGCUUUCUAAAGUCACUUCCGAGCGCGGAAACGAGAUUGAAGCUAUUCGAAGCUGAUAUAUACAAUCCCCAAGAAUUCGAAACCGCUAUUCGAGGCUGCCAAUAUGUUUUUCAUGUAGCUACGCCAAUAUUGCACAUUCAAAACUCUAAGUACAAGGAUACAUCGGAAGCAGCUAUAGAUGGAGUGAGAAGCAUAGCUGAACUUUGCAUUAGAUCAAAAACGGUGAAACGGCUCGUUUACACUUCGUCCAUAACGGCAGCUUCGCCUCUGAAAGAAGAUGGAUCUUGCUUUAAACCACUAAUGGAUGAGCUUUGUUGGACUCCGUACCUCAAUCUCUCGUGUACUUACAUCAAUGACUUUGUGUUGGAUUAUGUGAAGUCAAAGACAUCAUCUGAGAAGGAGAUUUUGAGGUACAACAAUGGUGAAAGUAUGGAAGUGGUUAGUUUGGCUUGUGGGCUUGUCGGAGGUGAAACACUCUUUUCGUAUCUACCUUCGAGUUUACCUAAUGUGUUGUCACAAUUAUUACGGAAUCAAAUUGCUUUCGACCAACUACGGUUAUUGCAAGAAUUGUUGGGUUCGAUUCCAAUGGUGCACAUUGACGAUGUUUGUGAUGCCCAUAUUUUCUGCAUCGAGAAAACGUCGCUCAAAGGUCGAUUCUUGUGUGCCGUUGAGACUUGUACGAUUGAAGAAAUGGCAGAUUGUUAUCAACAAAUUCACCCCGAAUUUCCUAUACUAGAAGGAUUCAAAUGUGGACCGGAUGGAAGAAGUAAAUGUGACCUAACAAAAUUGAGAAAAGAGGGAUUUGAGUUCAAAUACGGACUGAAAGAAAUACUAAACGAUAGUGUCGAAUGCGCAAAACGACUUGGUUUCUUGUAAGUAUUUGCAGGAAUUGAUUGAAGUUAGGGGAGGCAAUAAAUAUUUGGCAUAGUUCAUAUUUUUCUUGGGUUAAUCUCAAAGGUCCCACUUUAUAUUUAUUUAAAUAAAUCGUUUUCAAUUCAUUCUUUGUUAUAUUUAAUUUAGUUGGUGCACGCUGAGUAUCUGAGGAUGGAAAUUGGAAUAAAAAUUCUGAAUUUCGUCGAUUCUGA